GCGACGCUUCACAAAAAAGUUUCCAUAAUUAAAUUAAAUGAUCGUCUCUAUAAAUAUAUGAAGUGAUGAUGAGCUGUAUAAUAAUUAAAGAAAAAUCAAAUCAAUGGCAAAGAGCGCGGGUGAAUUGUUUUCCAUGGAGCACUUGUUCUUCUUCUUCUUCUUCCUCAUCAUUUCUUCACUCUCCGCCAGUGAUGAAAAUCAACAUCACACUCUUCUCACUCUCAAAGGUGUUGAUAUUGAAAAACCAAAUUUGGAUGUAUCGCCUUCCUUACUUUUAGUGAACUCUGAUACUAAAGGCGUUAAAAAAGUUUUGCGAUGUGAGCGCGUUCAAGUUUCUGGUAUCUCAAGAUUGAAACUCGGGAGCUAUGCCAAUUCAUACCAUAUUACUUUGGCUCCAUCAGUUGCAAUUCCAGAGAGAUUACAUAGCAAAAUCAAGGUUUGUUUUCACAGGAAUAAUACUCUUGGAUGGUGUCAGUGUGAAAAGGAUGAAUGGAAGGGUGUACAGAAGGGGGUGUGGGGUGCGGUUAUGUCACCUUAUGAAACUAGAUACGUUGAUGUCAAGAUUGAUGGUGAAAUAUCUGGUUCAGUUACAGUUGCACUUGAAGAAGGUUUUCAGCAAUGGCGCCUAAUUAGUCUUGCAGUUGGACUGUUACUGCUGUUGGUGGCUCCAAUUGUUAGCAGUUGGGUUCCGUUUUAUUAUAGCAGUUCCAUGGCUAUUGGAAUCUUUCUUGUCAUUAUAAUUGUUCUUUUUCAGGGCAUGAAAUUAUUGCCAACUGGAAGAAAAAAUAUCUUUUACCUUACCAUAUAUGGAUCAGUGCUUGGAGCUGGAUCGUUCCUUUUGCACCAAUUCUCUAUGAUCGUAAAUUCAAUUCUUCAGAGCUUUGGGAUGAGUGAAGAGAUGCACAAUCCAGUUGCUCUUUUUGUACUACUGGGUAUUAUCUUGGCUGGAGCUGCUUUAGGCUACUGGAUUGUUAGGAGAUUUGUUAUUUCAAAAGAAGAUGGUAGUGUGGAUGCCGGGGUUGCUCAGUUUGUAAAAUGGGCAAUGCGCGUUAUUGGGACUACCUUCGUUUUGCAGAGCACUCUUGAUACUCCUCUUGCAGUUGGAGUCUUGGUCUCUUGUGGAGCUGUUUGCAAAAUUUGGUCAUCAAUAGAAUUGCUUCAUGGGUGGUAUGAAACUUCAGGGAGUGAUGAUUAUUCACUGGAGUGGGUGAGAGGAACUCGUGGUCGUGCUGAAUUCCUUAGCAAGUCGCCUCCUAAAGGAAAAAUGUGGAACAGCCCUAAAGUAGGCUCUAAAGGAAAAUUGUGGAACACCCCUAAAGGGAUGUCAUGGUCUGACUCUCCCGUGAGAGGUGUUGUAUCACCGUCUUCUCAUUUCUCGCCACAAACUCCUGCGACUCAAUUAGGGGGAAAUUAUUAUUCAACCUUCCACAAGACUGACGACAGAAAGAAGUUCACUAAGGAAGAGUGGGAUGACUUCACAAGAGACUCUACGAAGCAAGCUUUAGCUGAAUGGGCAGCAUCUCCAGAGUUCACUGAUUGGAUCAUUGAGCACGCAGAUCGGAUAAAACUGCUUCCGAACGAGAGUUCAGAUGAAACAAUGGGGAGUGAAUCGGAUUCCAUGGAGGCAGAAAGUGGAAAUGGAUUUCGGAUUUUUGGUUGGAAGUGAGUCGAACAUGAAUCAGAAUAUAUGCUAACCAGCAGGAAUUGAUUUUUUCAUAGGUUUAGGGAACACUAACAAGAGUGUAAUAUAGGUAGGAAUUUACGCUUAUUCUGACCAUCAUGUAGAUAGUUUUAUUAGUUUGCCUGAAUCUUCCAAACUGUAAGCUUGAGCAAUCAUGUCACGUUGUUAAUGGAUCUUUUUUGUCA